CAGGAUGUGUGGGCCACGGUCCUGUAUCUCAUCGGCCUGGCGGCCUUCAUCUAUGCAUGUGUCGUGGGGUUUCCUCCGGCAUUAGCACAGAUCCAGCAAGGAAUCUGGCCAGGCAGUACCCAAGGUGCUGCAGGCUCUGCUCCGAGCUGGAUUCGGCUCCUGUAUCCGCUCGCCGUGGUCAUUGUCGCGGCCCUCGUCUUCGCCAUGGCAUUCUUCUACCUCAUGCGCUCAUACCCUCGCCAGAUGAUCAAGGUCGCAUACUGGGUCUCUGCUGCGUACUUGAUUCUCUUUGGCAUCUUUCUACUGGGCGUGCGAUCCUGGAUCUUUGGGGGACUCAUGAUCCUGCUCGGACUGCUCUAUGCCCUCGCCUAUCGCGCGAUGCUCUUCAAGGUCCCAUUUGCCACAGUCAUGCUCCAGCUCACGACGAGCAUCUCCAGGCAGUUCCCAGCGACGCAGUGGAUCGGAUUUCUGGCUACGCUCUUAACGCUGGCGUUCCAGAUUGUGUGGUAUAUUGCUCUCCUGGGGCUAUUCAACGUUUUCUACUCCAACUCGGCCCAGCCAGGAGCCACCGUUUGGGUGAUCUUGGUGUUCAUGGGCAAGUUCUUCUUUCUCUACUGGACACAAGAGGUCGUCAAAAACACCGUCCACGUCACCAUCGCUGGCCUUUACGCUACCGUCUACUUUACGGGAACCAGCACUGGGGAUGCCCUCGCCUUCCAUGUUCCAGUCUCCAAUCCGACCCUCAAAUCGGCUCGGCGAGCGCUGACCACCAGCUUCGGCUCGAUCUGCUUUGGCUCGCUGCUCAUUGCCAUUAUCCAGACACUCCGCUUCUUGGCGAGGAUGGCCCAAAAUGAGUCUGCCCGAGAGGGCAACUGGCUUCUGUGUCUCUUGGCGUGCUGCUUGAACUGCAUCCUGGCUUGCCUCGAGGAUAUGCUCAACUACUUCAAUCACUAUGCUUUCACCCAAGUGGCCAUCUACGGAAAGGACUACUGCACUGCUGGAAAGGACACAUGGAACUUGUUUCUGAACCGGGGUAUCGAGGCGAUCAUCAACGACAACUUGAUCGACAACGUCAUUCUGAUGGGAGGCAUCAGCGCGGGAUUCAUAGGCGCCCUUGUCGGCUUUCUGGUGGUGUUCUUGGACAGCCUUGUGGCUUCCACGGUCGAGUCAUAUCUGCUCUACUGCAUCAUUGGCUUCGUCCUCUCGUUCUCGUGCUUCAUGUCCAUGCUGAGGGUCAUCACCUCGGGCGUUUCCACAACGUUUGUGUGUCUCGCUGAGGAUCCUGGCACGAUGGAGCGACUGAAGCCCGAGCUGUUCCAGAUCAUGGCCGAAACCUGGCCGGCGGUCCAGUGGAGGGUGUAGAUUGUGUCGACUACCGCUUCACAAGCGCCGUAAGCGCUUGAAUGCGGAGGCAAGGCUCCGAGCGAGGUGCAAACUGGCUGAAUAUCACAUGCGAGUAGCAUCUGCCCCGAGGUUCAAAUCAGCAGCCCAAAACAGCAGCCCAAAUCAGCAGCCCAAUAGCCCGCAUCCUCAGCCAGGCUCGGCUCAUCAGUCCAUGAUUCAUGAC